AUGUCGACCCACCCCCUACUUUGGGCUGCCUGCCAUCACUGGUCUUUGUGCCCUGCUCUUGUUGUAUACAUACCCGUGCCUGUCGUCUGGCAACUCUAUCUGCAGAGUCUGUUUAACAUUGCGCACGCGGCUGACGGCACUUAUAUUCCCGGACUAACCUUCCUCCAAGACUCAGAGCAUGCGCUAUGGGCCUUGGGCGCCUCUUCCAUCCUUGUCAUCAUCGGUCUUUGGCUUAUCAAGACCAACUUCCUGGUCCUCUUCCACCGCCUCGGCAGCAAUAUUCCCAAGUACCUGUGGGCCUGGUGGGCCUGCUCGUUUCUAGUCAUGGCUUGUGGCAUUGUAGCUUUAGGUCUAAACGAGUACGAGUGUAUGUUUGGGAGAGCCCAAGACAUUGUUCAAAGGUGUAUGACGCUCGAGAAGCGCGCCCGCAUGUUUUACCAAGGCGUUGCGGCGGCCGUACUGGACGCCUUCUCUGACCUUCUCCUCAUCAUCUUCCCCUCGUGGGUCUUGUGGAACACGCGAUUCUCGAUCCGGCAAAAGAUUGUCUUUUCGGCUGUGUUUGCUCUUGUGGGCCUCACUAUCUCCAUGGCCGUCAUCAGGGGCUCCACCUCGAGGAGCAACAUCGACGAUCCCAAAGUUGCAAGGAAGCAGGUCAACAUUGCCUGGAUAUUUUGGUUCGCCGUCGAGUAUCUUACAUAUAUUACUCGUUUUCUAAUACACGGUUGUAGCUCUUGCCCGCGAGGCACAGCGCCCCACGCCACGGUCAUCAAGCACCAAGAGAGGGAAGCUCUAUCAAUACUUUAA